GCGGGAGGGGCGGGAGGCGAGGAGCGAGAGCCGCGGGCCGGCUCGGCCAUGGAACGGGUCGGAGGCAGCCUUUUCUUCAGGAGGCGCCGGAGCAGUUCCCCCGAGACAGUGAAACUGAGGAAGAGAAAAUCUGUACUGUACAGCAGCCCCCCAGAAGGACGCGCCGGGAGCCGCUUCGAUCUUCUUGGUGAAAACAUUUACCUGGUCUUGUUUACCAUAGCGCUAAGAAUACUUAACUGCUUUUUAAUCCAGACAAGCUUUGUUCCUGAUGAAUAUUGGCAGUCUCUUGAAGUUGCACAUCACAUGGUUUUCAAUUAUGGUUAUUUGACCUGGGAAUGGGCUGAAGGUUUAAGGGGUUACUCUUAUCCCUUAAUCUUUGCAAGCAUUUAUAAGAUUCUGUAUCUCUUCGCAAAGGAUAGUGUCCAGUUGCUGAUUUGGGUACCUAGGCUUGCCCAAGCACUUCUCUCUGCUGUAGCAGAUGUGAAGCUUUACUCAUUGGUGAAGCAACUAGAAAACCAAGAAAUGGCAAAAUGGGUGUUCUUCUGCCAGUUGUGCUCUUGGUUUACAUGGUAUUGCUGUACCAGAACACUCACAAACACCAUGGAAACUGUCCUCACCAUCUUUGCUCUUUUCUACUACCCACUGGAAGGUUCAAAGUCUGUGAACAGUUUUAUGUACUCAUCCCUGGUAGCACUUGCCUUCAUUAUUCGUCCAACAGCUGUCAUUCCAUGGAUACCUUUGCUCUUUAGACAUUUUUGGCAAGAGCAGAAAAAACUUGAUCUUGUUCUGCAGCAUUUUAUACCUGUUGGGCUAGUCACUUUGGGUUUUUCUUUGAUAAUUGAUCGCAUAUUUUUUGGUCAGUGGACAUUUGUUCAACUUAAUUUUUUGAAGUUUAAUGUGCUAAAGAACUUGGGUAAAUUUUAUGGAGCUCAUCCAUGGCACUGGUAUGUGUGUCAAGGAUUCCCAGUUAUCUUAGGCACUCAUCUACCCUUCUUUAUUCAUGGAUGCUUCCUAACUCCGAGGAGAUACCGGAUACUGUUAGUGGCUGUAGUAUGGACAGUGCUGGUUUAUAGCUUGUUGAGCCACAAAGAAUUCAGGUUUAUCUAUCCAAUUUUACCAUUUUGUAUGGUAUUCUGUGGACAUUCUUUAAAUCACUUGAAAACCUGGAAGAAACCAGCACUAAGUUUUCUGUUUUUAUCAAAUGUGGUCCUAGCCCUCUAUACUGGUUUGAUUCAUCAACGUGGUUCUCUUGAUGUCAUGACUCAUAUUCAAGAACUCUGUGACAACAAUUCCCUUAAUCAGUCUUCAGCCUCCGUCUUUGUAAUGAUGCCUUGCCACUCUAUUCCUUAUUACAGCCAUGUACACUGUCCACUUCCAAUGAGAUUUCUUCAGUGUCCCCCAGACUUGAUUGGAAAGGAAAAUUAUCUUGAUGAAGCAGAUAAAUUUUACUUAAAUCCAUUAAGCUGGCUAAAUAAAGAGUUUUCCAGUGAUAUAUUAUUGCCAACUCACUUAAUCAUCUUCAGCGUUUUAGAAGAGGAAAUAAAGACCUUUCUAAUUACAAAUGGCUACAAAAGAACUGCUGUUAUCUUCCACACUCAUUUGCCUGAAGGCCGAACUGGAAGCCAUAUAUAUAUUUAUGAAAGGAAAUAAAAAUUAAGUCAGCAGAAGAUGAAAUUUCAAAAUGUACUAUUUCUUGGAGAAAUUAUAUUUACUUGUAAAAAUAUGAAACCUUUUGGAUUUUUUUAAAAAUUGGGACAUUUUAUGGAAAAAGUAAACAACAACUAUGAGCCACUCUUACCAAGUGACACUAUAUGAUCCCCUUUAGAUGAGGGAAUAAUCAAAGAAAUUUUCUUAGAGCAACAGUAAAAUCACAUACUUAACAUUGCUACAUUGUCAAUAAAGACCUUUUUCCCCA